UCGCAUCUUCUCCUUUCCCACUCACUCCCUGUUUAACCCUAAACCCCUUUCACCCAACCCAAUUUCUUCCAUAGAUAGACGAGAGAGAGAGAGAGAGAGAGAGAGAGAGAGUAACCCUAAUAAAGAGACAAUGAUCCGGCGAAGCCCUAACCCCUCGAGGCUCCUCUGCUCGCUCCGAACCCUAACCCUAGCUCCUGCUCCACCGCCGCAGCACCACCAGCUCCAGCAGCGCGCGCCGGUGAGCGGCACCGCCAAGGGCAAGGGCAAGCUCAAGUCGGGGCAGCCUCUGAAGCGCUCCUCCAUCCCCAAGAAGAAGCCCUCGGGCGGCGGCGGCGGCGACGACUCCUCCGCGGCGUCCCGCGGCGGCCGGUCCCACCGCGACGCCGUGGAGCGCCUCAACCAGAUGGUCUCCUCCUGCCUCUCCGCCCCCACCCCGCUCCGCCACCUCUCCCCCAAAGACCGCCGCCGCGAGGCCGAGCGCGAGAAGCUCGGCCUCAUCUCCAAGGAGCGCCAGCGCGAGCUCGACCUCGCCAAGGCCCGGUCCAAGAAGAGCCCCGCCGCCUCCGAGGAGGAGCGCGUCCUCAUGGGCACCCCGGGCCUCGACCCCAUCACCCUCGGCCUCGUCGACGCCGACGCCAUCCCCAGCUACGAGCUCACCGUCGAGGACGGCCGCCGCCUCGCCAAGGAGUACAGCCGGGUGCUCAUGCGCCGCCACCGUGCGCGGCAGGCCGCCGAGUCCAACCUCCUCCGCCUCAAGAAGGCGGCCGUUGCCGCCCUGCCCGACCACCUCCGGGCCGCCGCCCUGGUGCCCGACCUGACGCCGUUCCCGGCCAACAGGUUCAUGGCCACCCUCACGCCGCCCAUCGAGGGCUACAUCGAGCAGGUUCGCGAGGCCGCCAAGAAGUACUCGGUCAAGGAGAAGCUGCGGUAGAAAGGCCGCAAAUAACCCAAAAAGAGCCUCCUUUUUGAGGUGAGAUCUAUGACCACUUAUGCUCUGUUACAGGAUUCUUGGUUUUCGCUUUUCAUCGUGUACUCUUUAGUCUCAGCAGUCGAGUGGUUUCCGGACAUUGUUCAAAUGGUUGUUCAGUGAGAGAUAAUUUAUUUAUCAAUAAAAUUUAGAUAUUUCUCAUUUCUUGUUUUUUGUUGUAUAUUAUUCAUUUCAGGUAUUUGUAUUCUGUGAUUUAAUGCCAAAUGAGUGCUUUAGGCAUCGGUAUUAGCUUUA